AUGGCACCCUCCGGGCCCUCAGCCUUCUCCCACACAGGGGCUCGGUUGGCAGUGCUUGCUCUGGGAGCCGCCUUUUGCGGCCUGCAAACACAGGCUCGGCCGGUUCCGGUUCGGCGAGCUUCCGCGGACACUGACGGAGCGGCGAGACCCCGCGUUCUUCCAGGAAGGAGAUUUGGUCCGCGUGGAGAGUGGCGCAGUGGACGAGCCCCUGGAGCAGACCGGGGAGGGCUCGCGCUGGAUCACAUCGGAGGAUGCCGAGCUGCUGCAGGCGCAGGAUUCCGCGAUGACACUUCGCCUCUUUCGCAUCUGCCCGAGGUGCCAUCCGAAGACCUCCGGCGCUGUGCUGCAGAACCUUGCGAGGACCCGCAUGGCGACGGCGAGGGCGGCUGGCGGCUUCUCUCUCCGGAGGCUUAG